AUGACAACAACCGUUGGUGGCGUUCUUUCAGGCGUCAAUCCUUUUAACUACAAUGCCAGCUCUCCUAUCACUCUCUUUCUGAUCCAAGUAUGCAUCAUACUCCUUCUUUCGAAUGGUCUGCACCUAUUUUUGGCAAAGUUAAGACAGCCUAAGGUGAUCUCGGAGGUGAUCGCAGGCGUCAUUUUGGGGCCCACGGCAUUUGGCCAGAUUCCAAACUAUACUGAAACUAUCUUUCCCAAGGCAUCAGUUUCUGGCUUGAACCUGGUUGCCAACCUGGGGAUCAUCCUUUUCAUGUUCUUCCUUGGCCUUGAGGUCGACGUGCGUUUCAUAAAGAGCCACGCGAGAACAGCUUUAACCGUGGGGCUGGCGACGCUAGUUGUGCCGUUCGGCUUUGGCUGCCUGUUUUCCAUCCCGCUGUUCAACACCUACAUGAAGGGAAGUGAUAUCAAGUUCACGGUGUUCAUGGUGUUUAUUGCUGUUUCGCUGUCUGUGACGGCCUUUCCGGUGCUGUGUCGUAUACUAGCAGAGCUGAGACUACUUAAAGAACGUGUCGGGGUGGUGGUGCUUGCAGCUGGGACAAUCAAUGACGUUAUCGGCUGGAUACUUUUGGCCCUGUGCAUCAUCCUCUCAAACUCGCAAUCAAAACCUGUAAAUGUGGUUUAUAUCUUGCUCUGUACCUUGGGCUGGUUCCUUGUAUAUGCAUACCCAGUCAGGUACGCUCUGAGAUGGAUUUUACUGCGCAUUCACGAAUUUGAACGCAGCAAGCCAUCUACCAGAAGCACAUUGUUGAUACUGCUUUUAACCAUCGUCAGUGCGUACUUUACCGACAUUAUCGGAGUCCAUCCAAUUUUCGGUGCUUUCAUGGCUGGUUUAAUUGUUCCCCGCGAUAACAAUUACGUGGUUAAACUGGCCGACCGCAUGGAGGAUCUUCCAAACAUCGUGAUGAUUCCCAUUUAUUUCACCAUUGCGGGUCUUAAUGUUGAUCUCACAAAGCUCAACUCGGGCGAGGACUGGGGCUUCACAUUUGCUAGUAUUGGAAUAGCAGUUUCUACUAAACUGCUGUCUGGUUUUUUGAUGUCCAAACUAAAUGGCCUUUUCUGGAGAGAAUCUCUUGCCGUCGGCGUGCUGAUGUCAUGCAAGGGGAUUGUGGAAAUUGUGGUAUUGACUACUGGGCUGAAUGCCGGAAUUAUUUCCACCAAGGUGUACUCAAUGUUCAUAUUCAUGGCACUAAUUUCAACCUUCAUCACAACACCGCUGACCGUAUGGCUUUUCCCGGCUUCUUACCGAGAAGACUUGAAAUCACGCUUGGACAACACAGAGGGCGAAGCGCAGCAAAAAGAACCAGCUACGGAUAUUGGUUCUUUCUCAUCAUUGAGCGACCUGGAAAACCACCGUAUAAGUCGAAUUGUUACAGUACUUAACAAACCUGAAUCCGUUUUCUUCACCAUAUCACUAUUGAAUCACUUAGUUAGUGGACAGAAAUAUGCACAGGAGAAAGGAACAACUGCUCACUUAGGUAGGCGCUCUGACAUGGCGCACUCAAUAAAAAACGCAGGAAAACCUUUAAACCUGGAACGAUGCUGACGACGGUAAUCUUGAAAAACAAGUGACUUUUGUAAAUUCGGCUGAUAGUAUCCAACUCAGAACGGUUUAUUUUAGGCUUUUGACUGACAGAACGACCGAUUUGCUUCAGAACCUGCCCUCUCAUGACACUCAACGCCCCGAUAAAGACUAUUCUGGCGAUUCGUGUUUAAACAUUUUGAACAUGUUUUCAGAACUGGCCAAUGUUGCACACUCUGGCGAGCUAGUUUUCUCCUUAUUAGGAGACAAAAACUCUCACAUUAACGAAAUCUCUACUGCUACUUCUGAUUUACUUUUGUUCCCUAUGAAUGGGGUCAGCGAGACACCGAGCGAGAAAUUUAAAGAGUGUUUAGCACAUAUGCUUGCACAAAAUGAACUUGAUGAAAACUUUCUCCAAUCUGUGGCCUCAAAUGCUCGUUCAAAUUUGGCAUUCUUCAUUUCGAAUUCUAACGCAAGAGAGAGGAUGACAAUACCGAAAAAGACUUCGUUCUACCUUCUCCUGACAGAGGAGGUCCUCACCAGCUCUGACUAUCUUUCUUUAGACUUGCUGUUGCUAAUCCUCUCCAGAGUUUCAAGUGAACCUUCGAACCCUUCCCAACUGGCAAUUUACGUUAACGAUUGCAAUAAUGAUUUUAUUACGCGCUUUUGUUCGCGUUACAAAAUCGCUAGGGGGCAAGUUGAGGUAGUUUCCAUCGGGUUGCAGAAUCAAACGUCUAGUACAGAGGAAUCUCUACCCAAAUCUGCAUUUGUGGAUGCCGUCUUGCAAAGAAUCUCUCAAAAAGAGGACUCAACCUUAGAAGGCAGCCUUUUCCUAAUGGCGGAUUCAUCAUUUUCUCAGAAUCAGUCGUUUGACCAUGAAGUCGAAAUGACAAUUAUGAGGAGUUUCACAAAACAAUUUGACCUCCUCAUAUGUCAUAGUGAGCAGAUGUGA